AUGAUCCGCUCAACGCCCAAGAGCCCGGAAGUCGAGUCCUGGCUCCGUGAAACAUCGCCCCUUCACUUCCUCAAGUCUCGCGCGAAGGAGACUGCCACUGGAGCGCGACGAUUUCAACAUGCCAGCCUCGUCGCUGAGUUCAAGUGCAAAUGGGAGUGGGAGGAUUCCGAGACAGAGAAGGAGACUGAGGAGGAGAAGACUGAGGAGGAGUCUCAGGAGGAGUCUGAAGCGAUACGUAGCCAUACCUAUUCUCUCCGCUCGUCUUUGCAGCCUAGAAGAACCAAAAUAGACAUGGGAAGUAUAUUUCCUAGUUUCAAGUUUGACUUUGGCCGAAGGACAACCUCAGUAAGGAAACGUGGCGUGCUCCUGAGUCGUCAACGUGAAAGAAGUCAUAGUACUCCUGGUAAAAAGAGGCUAUACCACCUCGUUAUGGAUAUCAUCCUGAUGAUUCGAGUGUGUAAAAUGUUCCGCCAAGGACUCAGGGGAUUCCGGGAAUAUCAGAUCAUUGAAACUGCUCACAGAAAGCACCCAAUCUUCUCCUUUUGGGAUAAAAGGAAGGAAGGCCGAAUCACAUUUGACACCAUGGACUUUGUUGCAGAGGAGGGUCACUUCCCUCCAAGGGCCAUUCAUAUCGCAUUGAAGAAGCCCUCCUGGAGGACAGAGCAGGAGAUCCACUCCCUCUGUAACGUCUUGCAGUCUCUGGACAGUUAUCGGAACUACUCAGAGGACCUGCAGCUGCUCUUGGCCAAAGUCAUGCGCUUUGAAAAGUUUGGUCGCAGACGUGUGAUGGUCAAGAAAGGGCAGAGGGGCAAUAGCUUUUAUUUUAUUUAUAUGGGCACAGUGGCAGUAACUGAGGAUGAUGAUGGCAGCAGUGCCUUCCUGGACCCUCAUCCAACAUUGCUGCACAAGGGGGCUUGUUUUGGGGAAAUGGGCCUUCUGAAUACUUCAGUCAGAAGGGCCACUGUGGUCUGCAUGGAAGAAACAGAGUUCUUAGUUGUUGACAAAGAAGAUUUCCUUGCUUAUAACCUGGACAAAGAAGUGCAGAAGGAUGCUCAGAAGCGGUUUGAGUUUUUAAGGAAGAUGGAUCUGUUUCAGACCUGGACUGAUGAGAAACUCUGGAAGCUUGUAGCCCUGGGGAAGGUGGAGAAAUUUCCCUAUGGACAGCUUAUCACAACUGACUUUAUAGAAUCUUCCUCCAUCAUGUUUAUCUGCAAGGGCAGCUGUGAAGUCCUACGACUGAUAGACCUAGGGGCCUCCCUUUUCUAUUACAAGUGGAUCUGGCAGCAUCUGCAGCUGAUAGACAGAAAUUCUUUGAGUACCCACUUCAAUGAACCUUCUCCUGAAGAGAGAUUCAAGAACUUUCAAAUUAAAUCAUAUCCUCAACAGGACUUUAGCUCUAUGAAACUUCUGCAUCUCAAGAAAGCCCAGGAGCUACAGGGGACCAGCUUCAGUAGGAAUAUUAAUACUAUAGAAAGCAGUCUUCCAAAGACAUAUGGCCCCAAAACUAAGUCCAAUUGUCUUCAACCAAUCAAAUGUUCCAUGGUUAAUACCAAGUUUGGUGAGCUCCCCAAAGAAGCUGUGGUAGGGGCCUUUAUCAAGAUUCAUACUGUGGAUCAAGGUGAAAUCAUGGGUCUUCACCAGAUCCUCCUCCCAGAGAGUCAGCAGGACACUCGGCCCUUGAUUCUCGUGAGCCUGGGAGUCGAAGUGAUACGAGUAAGCAGAGAAAAGUUUUGUGAACUGAUUGAGAGUGACAUGACAGAAAAGUUGUCCAGUUUUCAGAUUCAGUACCCAAGAAGGAAGUGUGAAUGUAAAAAGGUUAAGAAGCAGCGGAUUUAAUCAUCUAUAUCCAUGAUAGCUCCAGGGGAUCAAGAAGUCUGGGAUAUCUGCAGUAAUCUUGAAGGAGUUGUCUGUGACCUAUGAAGAUGGGUAGCACUCUGUGGGGGCCAGGUGAGCUGAGGUAUCAGAUUAUAUUUAGGGUCUUUUCCCCCCCUCACCCUACCUCGGGCUUUUUCUUUUGCCCACGUAGAGCCUCUUACAUGCACAGUUCCACUAUUUGUGGCAGACUUUCCCCCUGCCCCUUUUGAUUUCAGACAAAGGGAGAAGCAAAGACACCACAUCACCAUCCCACAAUUCAUAGAGCUUCCCUUGGUGCUCUCAUGUGUGGCAAAGUAGGUGAGCUAUCUCCUGGUCCCUGUUAAAGAGUUCCUAAAUACACAUGUACUUUAUGUCUAGGGAUGUGGCUCCAAGAAGGUGGUGCAGACAGGUUGUUCAUUCAUUUCAAAUUGACUAAGUCAUCAAGCUCUGUAAGGGCCAGAGGAUAUUUUAGGCGUU